AUGGAUUUCAGUACAAACGGUUCUGAAGAUAGUGAACUGUAUCAUGCUCAAGUCCAUUUAUACAAACAUGUAUACAACUUUGUAAGUUCCAUGGCACUCAAAUCUGCUAUGGAACUAGGCAUAGCUGAUGCAAUCCAUAACCAUGGAAAACCAAUGACUCUUUCUGAAUUAGCUUCAUCUUUGAAACUUCACCCUUCUAAAGUUAACAUCCUUUAUCGAUUCUUGCGCCUUUUAACACACAAUGGCUUCUUUGCUAAAACAACACUGAAAAGCAAUGAAGGAGAAGAAGGAGGAGAAACAGCAUAUGUUCUCACACCUUCUUCAAAGCUUCUUGUAACUAGUAAAUCGACAUGUUUAUCAUCACUUGUUAAAGGAGCACUUCAUCCAAUUUCUUUAGAUCUGUGGAGCGCUUCAAAGAAAUGGUUCCAUGAGGAUAAGGAACAAACACUUUUUAAGUGUGCAACUGGGGAGAAUUAUUGGGAUUUUCUUAACAAAGAUUCUGAUUAUUUGAAUUUGUUUCAAGAUGCUAUGGCUGCUGAUUCUAGAUUGUUUAGGCUUGCUCUUCAAGAAAAUAAGCCUGUGUUUGAGGGCUUGGGUUCUUUGGUUGAUGUGGCUGGUGGAACUGGUGGUGUUUCGAAACUGAUUCAUGAAGCAUUUCCUCACAUCAAAUGCACUGUUUUAGAUCAACCACAGGUUGUUGGUAACUUAACUGGAAAUGAAAAUUUGAACUUUGUUGGUGGAGAUAUGUUCAAAUCUGUCCCUUCUGCAGAUGCUGUUUUACUCAAGUGGGUUCUGCAUGAUUGGAAUGAUGAACUAUCUUUAAAGAUAUUGAAGAACAGUAAAGAAGCAAUUUCACACAAAGGGAAAGAUGGAAAAGUGAUUAUCAUUGACAUAUCAAUUGAUGAAAACAGUGAUGAUCAUGGAUUAACUGAGUUGCAAUUGGAGUAUGAUUUGGUGAUGCUUACAAUGUUUCUUGGGAAAGAAAGGACAAAGAAAGAAUGGGAGAAACUCAUAUACGAUGCAGGUUUCAGCAGCUACAAAGUUACUCCAAUAUGUGGCUUCAAGUCUCUCAUUGAAGUUUAUCCUUAG